GACGACGACGACGACGACCUCGACCAAGACGAUGGCCUCGCGGCUGCGGAUACAAUCACCGGCCGACUUCAUGUUCGGGACGACGCUGGGCGAAGGCGCGUACGCCCGGGUCGUCCAUGCGCGCUUGAAGGAGACGAACGAAGAGUUUGCGGUCAAGAUCAUGGAGAAGCGCUUCAUUAGCAAAGAGAAGAAGGUCAAGUUUGUCAUGAUGGAGCGCAAGGUCUUCUCCAAGGUGUCCCACGACCGCAUCGUCAAGCUCUCGUACUCGUUCCAAGACAAGAACUACCUCUACAUGGUCAUGGAGCUCUGUCGCGGCGGCGAACUCCUCGACCAAGCGUCGCGCGGCGUGACCAACAAGGCGUGCUCGUUCGAGGUCACGCAGUUUUACAUUGCCGAAGUCCUCGAGGCCCUCGAGUACCUCCAUGGCAUGGGCGUGAUCCAUCGGGACAUCAAGCCCGAGAACAUCCUCUUGAGCGACUCGGGCCAUUUGAAGAUCACAGACUUUGGUACUGCCAAGGACGAGACUGAAGAGGGCGUGCGCCACAACACGUUCUGCGGCACGGCCGAGUUCGUCUCGCCCGAGGUGCUCCGCGACCAGGAGGCGUCCCGGGGCUGCGAUCUCUGGGCCGUCGGCUGCAUGAUCUUCCAGAUGCUCGUGGGGCGCCCCAUGUUUCGUGCCGAGAACGAGUACCUUACCUUUCAGCAAAUUCUCAACCACCCGGCAGAAGACUUUGCGUACCCGGAAGGCUUCCCCGCCGUCGCGCAAGACCUCUGCGACAAGCUCUUACUGCAAGAACCGCUGCAGCGCCUUGGUGCUGGCACCGACGCCGACGGCAACGGCUACGAGGCCCUCAAGAGCCACCCUUUCUUUCAAGGUAUCGAGUGGGCGACGCUUGGCCAGACGACGCCGCCGUACAUGCCCAAGAUCUCGCACCUCCCUCCCACCGACAAUGAUGGCGCGACCGAAGACUGGCUCUUUGCUGGUGUUGCGACUGAGCUCCAAAUCUCGUCGGGGCUCAACGCCGAGCCCACCGCGCCGUCGUACGCUAUCGACAACCACAACCCUGUCGAAGUCGCACGUGUCCGCGCCACGGUCGCGCCCCCGCCCGUCUCGCGCAUGAACUCGCUCUGGAACCGAUUCUUGCUCGACGACGAAGUCAUUCGCAUGAGCGGCCUCGUGAGCAAGCGCAAGGGGCUCUUCUCCAAGAAGCGCCAGCUGAUUUUGACGUCCAAGCCGCGCCUGAUCUACAUUGACGCGAUUCGCAUGCGCCAAAAAGGCGAGAUUCCGUGGUCCGACUCGAUGUACAUUACGAUCAAGAACUCGUCGACGUUUGAUGUCGUGACGCCCAACCGCGUGUACCACUUGUCGGACGCUGCCAACGGCUCCAAGAAGUGGUCGGACGCGAUCAACGCGUCGCUCGUCCAGCGAAAAUAAGGGCCUUUUGCCGCGCACCCCCGACGACCCGGUCUCUCUUG